CCAUUCCCUCCUUCACACUUUUCAUCUGCAUUCUCCCCUUCUUCUUGCCCUCCUGUGAAUUUCUGGCAGGGAGCUAUUCGUUCUUCACGUCUGCAAGGCCUUAGUGUCACAGUCUCACGUCCAGCCGCAGGGGUAGGGUGUGAAGAAACAUCUGGGUUCCAGUUUGUUUCCCCCACUUACCUGUGACCGCAGACAAGUCGCUUUACCUUGCUGAACCUCAGCAUCUUGUCUGCAAACUGAGGAUAAUCAGAGCAGCGACUUCACAGGGCUGGUGUGAGCACGAAUGCGUACAAAGGGUUUAACACAGAGCCUGGCACCGUGAAAGCGGUCAAUAAAUACGAGCUAUUAUUAUCACCAACGCUGUGUCCUCAUCGCUUACCACCAGGACGUCAGGGAGUGUUGCCGCGAGAGCCGAGCAGGCGGCCUCCUCCAGCCCCUCCCCGCGCGGCCGCGGCCCGGGCACCGCCACCGCGGUUCUCGCUCCAACCUCGGCUGAGCGUCGCCCCGCGGCGGUGCGGGGCCAGGGCCCUGCGGGGCGCGCAGGGAUUUGCUGAGGCCAUGUCUGUUCCAUCAUCCCUGAGCCAGUCGGCCAUUAAUGCCAACAGCCACGGAGGCCCUGCACUGAGCCUGCCCCUGCCCCUGCACACUGCCCACAACCAGCUGCUCAAUGCCAAGCUGCAGGCCACGGCCGUGGGACCCAAGGAUCUGCGCAGCGCCAUGGGGGAGGGUGGUGGGCCCGAGCCAGGCCCUGCAAAUGCCAAGUGGCUAAAGGAGGGCCAGAACCAGCUCCGGCGGGCCGCCACAGCCCACCGCGACCAGAACCGCAAUGUGACCUUGACCCUGGCUGAGGAGGCCAGCCAGGAACCCGAGAUGGCACCCCUGGGCCCCAAAGGCCUGAUGCACCUGUACUCUGAGCUGGAGCUCUCCGCCCACAAUGCGGCCAACAGAGGGCCGCGAGGACCCGGCCUGAUCAUCAGCACCCAAGAGCAGGGCCCGGACGAGGGAGAGGAGAAGGCAGCAGGCGAGGCCGAGGAGGAUGAUGAGGAAGAGGAGGAGGAAGAGGAAGAGGACUUAUCUUCUCCCCCAGGGCUGCCGGAGCCCCUGGAGAGCGCAGAGGUGCCCCCUGGGCCCCAGGCCCUGGCAGACGGCCCCCGAGAGCACAGCAAGAGCGCCAGCCUCCUGUUUGGCAUGCGGAACAGCGCAGCCAGCGACGAGGACUCGAGCUGGGCCACCUUAUCCCAGGGCAGCCCCUCUUAUGGCUCCCCGGAGGACACAGAUUCCUUUUGGAACCCCAACGCCUUCGAGACGGAUUCCGACCUGCCGGCUGGAUGGAUGAGGGUCCAGGACACCUCAGGGACCUACUACUGGCACAUCCCAACGGGGACCACUCAGUGGGAGCCCCCGGGCCGGGCCUCACCAUCACAGGGGAGCAGCCCCCGAGAGGAAUCCCAGCUCACCUGGACCGGCUUCACUCAUGGAGAACGCUUUGAGGAUGGAGAAUUUUGGAAGGACGAGCCCAGUGAGGAGGCCCCGAUGGAUUUGGGGCUGAAGGACCCCGAGGAGGGGAUGUUGCCUUUCCCAGCUCAGAGCCUCAGCCCAGAGCCAUUGCCCCAAGAGGAGGAGAAGCUGCCCCCACGGAAUGCCAACCCAGGGAUCAAGUGUUUCGCCGUUCGCUCCCUAGGCUGGGUGGAGAUGACCGAGGAGGAGCUGGCCCCUGGCCGCAGCAGCGUAGCAGUCAACAAUUGCAUCCGUCAGCUCUCCUACCACAAAAACAAUCUACACGACCCCAUGUCUGGUGGCUGGGGCGAGGGAAAGGACCUGCUGCUGCAGCUGGAGGAUGAGACGCUGAAGCUGGUGGAGCCACACAGUCAGGCCCUGCUGCACGCCCAGCCCAUCGUCAGCAUCCGCGUGUGGGGCGUCGGGCGGGACAGCGGAAGAGAGAGGGACUUUGCCUACGUAGCUCGCGAUAAGCUGACCCAGAUGCUCAAGUGCCACGUGUUUCGCUGUGAGGCACCCGCCAAGAACAUCGCCACCAGCCUGCAUGAGAUCUGCUCUAAGAUCAUGGCCGAAAGGCGCAAUGCCCGCUGCUUGGUAAACGGACUCUCCCUAGACCACUCUAAACUUGUGGACGUCCCUUUCCAAGUGGAAUUCCCAGCACCUAAGAAUGAACUGGUGCAAAAGUUCCAAGUCUAUUACCUGGGGAAUGUGCCUGUUGCUAAACCUGUUGGGGUAGAUGUGAUAAAUGGGGCCCUGGAAUCCGUCCUGUCCUCCAGGAGCCGUGAGCAGUGGACCCCAAGUCACGUCAGCGUGGCCCCUGCCACUCUCACCAUCUUGCACCAGCAGACAGAGGCAGUGCUGGGGGAGUGCCGGGUGCGCUUCCUGUCCUUCCUGGCCGUGGGCAGAGACGUCCACACGUUUGCAUUCAUCAUGGCUGCCGGCCCAGCCUCCUUCUGCUGCCACAUGUUCUGGUGCGAGCCCAAUGCUGCCAGCCUCUCGGAGGCCGUGCAGGCUGCGUGCAUGCUCCGCUACCAGAAGUGUCUGGAUGCCCGCUCCCAGGCCUCCACCUCCUGCCUCCCAGCGCCCCCAGCCGAGUCUGUUGCCCGGCGUGUGGGGUGGACCGUCCGCCGGGGCGUUCAGUCGCUGUGGGGCUCCCUCAAGCCUAAACGGCUGGGGGCCCACACCCCCUGAAGCCGUCCGUGCUCCCUCCACCUGCUUGCGUUGGGCCCCAAGGAACUCAAGGGUGCGGGGUGGGGAGGGGCCCUGCAGGCUAUUAUUAGACUUCAGGUCCCCCCCCACCAGAGUUGCCCUCCCCAGUAGCUGGGGUUCCUCACCUGGGGGCUGGGAAGGGAGAUCUAAUUCUGCAAGUGACAAUAUUGGAUUGAGAGAAGAGGAGCAGAAAGAGGAAGCAAGGCCAGCCCCAGCUCUCCAUCCCCACGUUUCAGGUGAAGCAGGAGGAACUGGUCAAGGCCAGGCUCCAUCUUCAUAGGAUCCUGCUGGGGCAGAAGCGGGGGGCCGGGCCCAGGCAUGGGUCCUCUCUCCUCUGCUCUGUGGGUACCUCUGCUGUACUGAUAUCACUAAUAAAGUCUGCCUUGCUGA